UCCGCUCAUCCCAGCUCAUCAUUCGCCCGUAAUCCCAGAUCAUGGCCCCCAAAAAGCCAGAUCCCAAGAAAGAGGCUGCCAAGCCUGCUCCGGCGCCGGCUCCGGCUCCUGAACCACCCAAGGAACCCGCCUUUGACCCCAAGAGUGUGAAGAUUGAAUUUACUGGUGAACAGAUUGAAGAAUUCAAAGAGGCCUUCAUGCUGUUUGACAGGACCCCAACUGGAGAGAUGAAGAUCACAUACAGUCAGUGCGGAGAUGUCAUGCGAGCCCUGGGACAGAACCCAACCAAUGCAGAAGUCCUGAAGGUGCUGGGGAAACCAACGCCAGAAGAAAUGAAUGCGAAGAUGCUGGAUUUUGAAACGUUCCUCCCGAUGCUGCAGCACAUUGCUCGAUCCAAGGACCAAGGGACCUUUGAGGAUUUUGUGGAAGGGCUGCGUGUCUUUGACAAGGAAGGAAACGGCACCGUCAUGGGGGCUGAACUGCGCCAUGUACUUGCAACUUUAGGGGAGAAGAUGACAGAAAGUGAAGUAGAACAGCUAAUGAGUGGGCAGGAAGAUGCCAACGGUUGUAUCAACUAUGAAGCUUUUGUCAAGCAUAUAAUGUCAGGUUGAAGAUGGAAUCCUUAAAGUUCUUCAGAGAGGGGAAAAUUCCAUCCCGCAAGAAUUUCUUAUCUCAUAUUCCUUCCACUCUGUAUUCCCCAGGAGGUGCAACUGCCACAAGCCAUGUAAGAAGGACUCUCCCUUACCACAGUGUAACAGCCUCUCUAUAUAAAAUACUGCAUACUCCUACAUCAAUUUAAAAUCUUAAUUUAUUCAUUUGUUUUAUUUCUUCUUUCCUUCUGCUACAUUUGGUCCAUUCAAAUUAAAACAUGUGCGUGUGCACACGAACACACAG